CCCAGUCAACCCAGAUGCUGUUUAGUGAAGAUGGAUUUGUUUGCAUUGGAACCUAAAAAAGCUAAAGCUAAACUUGUCUCUCUGUUGUUUGCGUUUCUGCCCUAAAAAAUGUCUUCACCUAGAGGAUCUGGAAAUUUUAAGAACGUUAGAAAAAAUGCCCGAGAGCAAAGGUUGCAGUUUAUGAAUUCUCAGGCUGCCCUGAUUGCUCAAAAAAAGAAGGAAAUUGAAGAAAAGCUAGCUCAACAACAGCUACCCCAGAAAGAAGUAAAAGUAGAACCGAAAAUAGAAAUACAGGAAGUCAUCCCAAACGGACAAGAAGAAGCCGUGCAGCUACCACCAAAAACACCAGUAUUACCAUUCAAGAAUGAUGGAAGCUUUCUUGAAAAAUUCAGACAAAUGCAGCAGCAAAAUGCAAAAUCUGAUGUUCAACAUAGUGGUGCUUCACAGAGUUUGCAAGCUGAUUAUUCUUGUCCUCCUCCUAUUGAUGUGUCGGUCCCACCACCACAUUCGCUACCCAAUCCAUACUACACCCAACAUCCACCCCCACCAUCAUAUCUCAGCGCUCCACCCCCAAUGAAUAUCAAAGAGGAGACAAAGGAAGAAAACCGAUCACCAUCCCCCUAUUCUCCUUCAAGACCAUGUGAGGAUGAAGAUGACCUUCCAUUCUUCAACAAGGACUACCAUCAUCAAGGGCCGUCGAACUCGUCCGAGGACUCGGGGAAUUUCUCUCAAAGCGGACUAAGACGCAAAUUCAAAGAAGAACCUGACGACUCAGAGAAUUCAAGUAAACUAAAGGAGAGGGAACGGAAAAGACAGAGCCGUUGGGGGCCUCAAGAAGUGAAGAUUGAACCUCCAACUAUUAAUCCUGUACCGAUCUCAAAUGUGCAUAUGGGAUUUGAUGGUCCAUCCACAACCAAUCAAACCGUCUUGGGACGCAGCUCAUUUCUGUCUCGCAUCACUUCCGCCGACCCACAAAUCCUCACUUAUGCUGUGAGGGUAUUCGGGACGACUGAUUUGACGGAAGACCAAUGGAAGCAAUGUUUGGACCAAGUGAAAAUGCAAUACGUUUAUCAAGAGAUGUUAAAGAAGAAGCAAGAAAGAGACAGACUUGCUCAGGUGGGAAAAGUCCGAUACGAGUACGACAGUGAUGAAGAAACUGAAGGAGGAACUUGGGAACAUAAAAGACGUAAGGCUGAAAUGGAGAAAACAAAAGAUCGGGCUGACCAGUUAACUGAAUGUGGUCGAGGAAAACAUCACCUUGGUGAUUUUCUUCCGCCGGAAGAGUUGGCCAAGUUUAUGGAAAAAUUCCAAGCCGUGCAAGAGGGACGAACCGUUGACGAAUCUGAUUACAAGGAGUUCAAGAUUGCUGAAGACAACGUUGGCUAUCAAAUGUUGAAAAAGUUUGGUUGGACAGAAGGAGAAGGUCUCGGAAUUGGUGGUUCCGGUAUCACAACGCCUGUUAACGCAACCAGACGAAACGAGGCGCAAGGUUUGGGAGCGAUUAAACCGGAAGACUUGACGAGUAAUGAUAAUGAAUACGACGCGUAUCGCAAAAGAAUGAUGUUAGCUUACCGUUUUCGACCUAACCCUCUCAACAAUCCGCGCCGGGCCUAUUACUAAUCGUGCCUCGCCUGUCGUUGUUUGUGGUGCUUAAUUUAGUUUUAAUGUAUUCUGUCCCCCAAAGUAGUGUUGCACCGUUUAUUCGUAUUAUUAACUCAUAUUACAUCACUUCCUUCAUUUUAUCUUCGAUCUUUGCCAGAUUAUUAUCCCAUUGUUGUUUUUUGUUUGCUUCGUUCAUUGCUUUUCUUGUUGUGUAAGGCAUGACCCUUAAAACUUCGCAUUUUUUUAUGCAUUCGUCAAACCAGGUUGUAACAUGCAUACAAUCGACUACACAGAAGUAUAACAGAUCUUGACCCUUCA